AGUAACAUCAACAGUGAGGACAAACCCAGCCUGCCUCUCUCCUUCCACACUGAGUCCAAACCUACAGUCACUGGGUCCUGAUUGUGACAGUGGAGCCCAGUUUGCACUGCAGGAUCCAGAGAUGGCAUCAGUGAAGCUGGAGGACUGCAGUCAAACACUGGAGCUGAAUGUCAACAUUAAAGAUGAAGAAGAAGAGGAGAAGAUUAGGACAACUGUUAGUCAUGGAGACCAUUUUGAGACAUGCUCUACAUCCAGAGAGCAACAGCAGGAAGAUCACAGAGCUAAGAGGUCUCAUCACUGCCCACAUUGUGAGGAGACUUUCCCAUUUCUAUCAAAGCUAAAAAUACACCUAAAAAUACACACAGGAGAGAAGCCUUACUCCUGCUCUGACUGUGGGGCGAGUUUCUCUCGACUGGAUACCUUAAAAACACACCAAGGUAUACAUACGGGAGAGAAGCCUUACUCCUGCUCUGACUGUGGGGCGAGUUUCUCUCGACUGGAUACCUUAAAAACACACCAACGUAUACAUACGGGAGAGAAGCCUUACUACUGCCCUGACUGUGGGGAGAGAUUCUCUCAAAAGACCAACUUAAAAACACACCAACAAAUACAUACAGGAGAGAAGCCUUACUCCUGCUCUGAUUGUGGGAAGAGUUUCUCUCGACUGGAUACCUUACAAACACACCAACGUAUACAUACAGGAGAGAAGCCUUACGUCUGCUCUGACUGUGGAAAAUGCUUCACAACGUCAACUGAUCUAAACGUUCAUCAGAGAACACACACAGGAGAGAAGCCUUUCUUCUGCCCUGACUGUGGAACUAGUUUCUCUCAACUUUCUAACUUAAAAAGACAUGAACGUAUACAUACAGGAGAGAAGCCUUACUCCUGCUCUGACUGUGUAAAAUAUUUCUCCCGAUUGGGUACCUUGAAAUCACAUGAACGUAUACAUACAGGAGAGAUGCCAUACUCCUGCUCAUACUGUGGAAAAUGUUUAAAAACAUUAAAUGAGCUAAAGGUUCAUCAGAGAACACACGCAGGAGAGAAGCCUUAUUCCUGCUCUGUGGAGGGGUGGGCGUGUAAGUCAAACGUCUAGCCAAAGGCUGCGUGUUUGAAUCUCAUCAAGGAGGACUUUAGCAUUUUAGCUAAUUAGCAACUUUGCAACUACUUACUACUUUUUAGCUAUGUUAGCAUGUUAGCUGACCUUUCCCCUAAACCAAUUUAACUCUACCUUAAACUCCUCACCCCUAACCAAGCUAAUGUUAGCAACAACAAAUUGGCAUUCGUAACAUUUCAUACAUAUUACAAGUUCGGAAACAUAUUGUAUGAAUAGCAAUGCGUAAAAUAACAUACAAAUUGUAAUUCGUAACAUUUGAUACGUCCUACAAGUCGUAUUAUACUGAACAACAAUCUAAACACAACAAUUUCAAAGAUUUACAGUUUUUAUAAGGAAAGAAGUCAAUUGAAAUAAAUAAACGAGGCCCUAAUCUAUGGAUUUCACAUGACUGGGCAGGGGCUCAGGCUUGGGUGGGACUUGGGAGGGCAUAAGCCCACUUGGGAGCCAGGCCCAGCCAAUCAGCAUGAGUUUUUCCCCACAAAAGGUCUUUAUUACAGACAGAAAUACUACUCAGCCCCCUCCCAGACAAUCCUAAAGGUGAAGAGGUCCUGGGCUGCCGUGGUUACAUGUGAUCUGCAGUUGUGAGGCCGGUUGGAUGUACUGGCAAAUUCUCUAAAAGGAUGUUAGAGGUGGCUUAUGGUAGAGAUAUAAAUAUUGAGUUCUCUGCCAACAGCUCUGGUGGACAUUCCUGCAGUCAUCAUGAGAAUUGCACAUUCCCUAAACUUGAGACAUCUGUGACAUUGUGUUGUGUGGCCUUUUAUUGUCACCCAGCACAAGAUUAUCUUGACAAAGGCUGAAAUGCUCACUAACAGGGAUAUAAACAAAUGUGUUAACAACAUUUGAGAGAAAUAACCUUUUUGUGCAAAUGGAACAUUUCUGGAAUUUUUUACUUCAGUUCAUGAAACCAACACUUUACAUGUUUUGUUUAAAUUUUUGUUCAGCUUAUAUUGGUAGGCCAAUGUAAUGUAACAUACUAAAUGG